UUGCUUCCUAAUGUUUCCUAUAUAUAUAUUUUUAUGUAUAUGCCCAUCUUAACUGCACAUAACAUACAAAAGUAUAUACAAAAAACACUUAUUUAUAAAAUUGUAUUAUCGUUCAUUUCUUAUCGUUUAAAUUCAUUGUUUAUUUCUUAUCAUAUUUCUUAUCAGCACAAGGAUAUUAUGGAUGAAAUUCAGUGUACUUUCAAAGAUAUCAAAUCAAAGAAUAAAAAUGAACAGGAAAAUGAUUCGAUAAAAAAAGAAAAAGUAUUAAUUAAAUACACAGAGCUUGAUCAUAAUGAGUUAGUAAAGCUAACUAAAGAAGCAAUUCAUAACAUAAUCGAAAGUGAUCCGUUACUUUCUGGUCUACCUACAGAUGUUACAAUCGAAGAGCUUAAAGCUCAAAUCGCAGUUGCACAAGGACAAGCGAUAACUUUAUAUUUAAAUCGUGGGGAAUUACCAAAACUUGGAAUUGUGGUAAUACUU